CAAAAUUGAAUGAAGGAAUAUAUAACGAUGAAAAAUAUUUUUUUAUUUUCAUAUAUUGAAAGAAUAUUUUAUAUAUGUAAUUUUUUUCGGAAUUGUUUUCCCCCAGCACAUUGAAUUCAAUUAAUUUGACGUGGGCAUACUUUCAUAAAAUAAAUAAAUAUAUUUAAAUAAUAAAGCAUUUUCACACAACGAUGGACUCGGAUACCGUAAACUGUACACCUAACCCUAUUUUCAAAGAAUUGACGCAAUUAUUUUUAGACAACUUUGGGACCAAUGCUUUACCAGCCGAAUAUGUGAUAGGAGAUACCUAUGGUCCAAAAACGAACAAACAAGAUUUCGGUGAACUAUUUUUGGUGUUCGACAUACUUAUAGUACUGGCUGUUUUAUGUAUUUUCGUAUUACUUAUGAUGAUUCUUCUCUUAAUAUGGUACUGCAAAAGAUGCAAUUGUGAAUCAGAACCAUGCAGGAGAAUAAAAUUAUGGACAAUGUUAAUAACUUCACUCUUACUGAUUUCGCUCAUAUUGUCAGCUUUCGGGCUCUACAUUGUCUUCAAAAACAUUGCAUAUCUAAAGAAAAUAUAUACAAAACCCGAAGAUCCAAAAGGUAAUGAAUUCAAUACGAUCGGCGGGGUUGUAUCCAAAACCCUGGGCAACGAUUUUGAACAAUUAAAGGACGAUUCAAUUUCUAAUUGCAUGAAUUCCGAUUUACUUAAGGAUCUUUACCCUGCAACAACGAAAAUGCGAAAAAUUUCAAAAGCUAACAUGACGAUGUACAAACGAUAUAUAGAAAAUUACAUUAUGCCAGCUUUUCCCAAUACAUUACUAUAUGAUGAUGUAUACCGAAUGUUUACAAGAAAUUUUACUGCCUUUGUGGCUAAGGGAAAAAAAGGACUAAGUAUCCUUAACGAAACUAAUGCCGUUCAAUAUAGCAAUAAUUUAUUUUCAUUAGAAGACUGGGGGAAAUUAUACCAUUCCUCAAAUAAGAUUUCAGACAUCCUGUCUUACUACGCCAUAACUGUGCAGUCGAAUAGAAGGAGGUCACGUGUGUGUACCCAUAUUAAGGAUUAUUUUGAUGAAAUAUCGGUGGGCGUUAAUCAACAAAGAAAUUUUAUAAACGAAAAAGUCAAAACACUCUUUCAGAAGAAAAUGACGGAACGUAAUGCUCCAUACAAGUUUGGUUACAUUAUAUGUAUAAUAGCCAUUGCGGUUUUCGAUUAA